AUGUGUCGCCGUACGUCCCUGGCCCCGCCACCUAAACGCACCCCCCCACCCCCACCCCCGGCCAUCCGCACCCCGUCGACCACCUUCCUCAGCGGACUCUGGGGGAGUCCUCCGGCCGAGUCCAGCCAGGAGGGUUCCCCGGACGCGGCGCGAACUGCCCGCCCCCUCCGGCGUCUCCGCCCCCCGCCGGGGCCGCCGGGCGCGAGGGAGGCGAGGGUGCAGCGGCUGGAAAAUGAGCGGUGCAGGGAGGGUGGCCCGGAGCUGCAGCGCCCUUCGCGCUGCUGUUCCCGGGAGCGGCGGGAGGCGGCGGCUGCGGUGAGCGGGGUCGCGCGCGGACGCCGGAUGCCUCCGAAGAUGGAGAAGUUUCUGCAGAUCGCGCCUCACUCUCUGGCCAUCGUCCUGGGCCCCGCCGAGGGGCCGGCGGGGGAGAGGUCCGAGGCCGCCCGGCCCGCGUCCCCGGCCCAGCCCCGGCAGCUCGCCCGGCACCACAUCGGCUACGAGAUCUUCGCCGACUUCAAAGCCGAGAACAUGCAGCACUUCUGGAACAAGAAGGUCACGGCCGCGGUGGCCGAGACGUUCUUCCUGGGCUGGAUCGACGAGCAGGUCCUGCUGAUCCAGGGCAAGGAGGAGCAUCUGGAGGCGCUGCGCGAGGGCUGGUCGCGCCGGGCGCUGCGGCCGCCCUCGGGCUUCCACAUCCGCUGCCUGGUGCAUGUUUCUUCAGGUCAUUUUGUGAGUUUGAAGGAAGGAAGGGACACGAGGAGGACAGAGGAAAGCCGGAUCCUCAACAAAAGAGAAAACCGUGUCGGGGAAGAGAGCCCGAAAGAUCUGCACUUUGAGAGAUUAUCACCAUGACAGUUGAAACAAUGGAACUCAAAGGUGAACUUUUCCCAGGCCCCCAGCAAAGACGUGAAUGCCUGAUCUCCUUGACAUCACCACACAGCACUGCCCUCUAUUACUCUGACUUCGCUUAGUCUGGCCUGGAGACGGAUGUCAUCAUCCUGCCCGCCUGCUCCAGCCUCUCCAGUCCUCCCAAACACUCAGGCCCCUCUUGAGUUACUUCUCCUUGGUGAGUUCCUCCAUCCCCAAAUAAUUGCUUUCUUUGGGAGUAGAAUUCAUUGACCACCAUUAUUCAUUAUAGCCCCGUCGGCAGUGGGUUAUAGGUGACAAUGUACCUGAGUGGAGAGACUAAGGGAAAUUCAGCUUAGAUUUUGAUAGGGAUGCAAAGACCGAUAUAUACACAGUCUCAUCAUUCUUAGGACUUCUCCGAAACAUGUUUUAUGCCAUGGAUUUAUCACCUCCCAUCACCUGUCUAGAUCUGUUUGCCUAAAUGUGCUCCAGCAACAGGUGGUCCUAUGAUUAGGGCUUGAUGAGCAGUUGUUCUUGUUGUGUGUUUUUCUUUUGGUAGAUUUACAAGGUGCGUUUGCACAUGAAAGGCUCUGAGAAGUCCAGCAGGCCUGUUGUAACUUUAACACAUCUUCUGAAUUUAUAAUGGAACCCUCUUUCCAAGUCACAUUUGUUAAUGUAUCUCAGGACAAGGGUUCCCCAGAGCACAUUAUUUAUUGGGAGCUGCAGUCCGGCAUGCCAGCAGCGUGACCACUGCCCUGGCAACCACGCUGGUGGUCCACAUAAGAAGAGAGCAUCUUCUAAGAAAGACAAUACAUGCUCAAGCUUUCUGAUAAAAUUAUAACUAGCAGUUUGGAGCCUGGGCAAAGGAGGACAGAGAUGUAUCUACCAAAUACAUGGUCAGCUACCUUAUUAGCUGCUUUUGGAGGCCCAGGUCAUAUGAACGUGCAUAUGUACAUACACGCAAAUAUAUGAGUGUAUAUAUGCGUCACAUAAGAAAUACUCCCAAUCUUCCAGCUCGAAAGCCUCUGAAAAAGCCCUCGUCCUUUUGGGACACAUUCAUUUCCAGAUUCCAUUUAGCUUCUUAACCUGGGCCACGCAACCGCCCAAUUUUAAGGUGUGUAUAUGUAUUUUUUUUGACUAAAAGCACAUUUGUCAAAUGAAACUGUUAAUAUCUUUUUCAAAUUAUGUUUCAGGACGCAGCAGCAAGAUAAAUGACUAUCAGACUCAGAAUUUUGAUUUGUAUUUAACAAAUAUUUUAAUCACAAAGUUCGAUGCGUAGGGCUUCCCUGGUGGCGCAGUGGUUGAGAGUCCGCCUGCCGAUGCAGGGGACGCGGGUUCGUGCCCCGGUCCGGGAAGAUCCCACGUGCCGCGGAGCGGCUGGGCCCGUGAGCCGUGGCCGCUGAGCCUGAGCGUCCGGAGCCUGUGCCCCGCAAGGGGAGAGGCCACAUCAGUGAGAGGCCCGCGUACCGCAAAAAAAAAAAAAAAAAAAAAAAAAUUACAAGUCUAAAAUCAAUUACAGUUGACCUUUGAACGACACAGGUUUGAACUACCCAUUUCCACUUAUACGUGGGUAUUUUUCAAUAGUAAAUACCACAUGGUCCAUCCGUGGUUGAUUGAAUCCGAGGAACCGUGGAUGGAAUGGCCGCUAUAAAUUAUACUUGAAUUAACCUGGUUGUUCAAGGGCCAACUGUAUACAUCUGAAUUAGAAUCACAAAGCAAAUGUGUGUCUAAUUAGUGUCUCUAUCUGAUGUGUAAAUACCAAAUGUACAAAUUAUUCUUAAGCCUGAUUAAAAAAUUA